AUGAAUGAUGACUACGAGGCAGAUCCCUGGCUCUCCAACAAUUCCAGUGAUAACAGCCAGGAGCACAAACACUUCCUAAAGUUCAAGGAGAUCUUUCUGCCCUGCAUGUACCUGAUGGUGUUUGUCCUUGGACUAGUAGGGAACUCCUUGGUUCUGAUUAUAUACAUUUUCUACCAGAAACUGAAGAGUCUGACAGAUGUGUUCUUGGUGAACUUGCCCCUGGCUGACCUGGUAUUUGUCUGUACUCUGCCCUUUUGGGCCUAUGCAGGCACUUAUGAGUGGGUCUUCGGCACAGCCAUGUGCAAAACUCUUCGAGGCAUGUAUACAGUGAACUUCUACGUGUCCAUGCUCACUCUUACCUGCAUCACGGUGGAUCGUUUCAUUGUAGUGGUCCAGGCUACUAAGGCCUUUAACCAGCAGGCUAAGUGGAAGAUCUGGGGCCAGGUCACUUGCUUGCUCAUUUGGGUGGUCUCCCUGUUGGUCUCUUUGCCACAGAUCAUCUAUGGUAAUGUUGAACGUUUUGAUAAGCUUACCUGUCAGUACCACAAUGAGGCGAUUUCUACUGUGGUUCUUGCCACGCAGAUGACUCUGGGGUUCUUCUUGCCACUGCUCACUAUGAUUAUAUGCUACUCAGGCAUUAUCAAGACCUUGCUUCAUGCUCGAGGCUUCCAGAAGCACAAAUCUCUAAAGAUCAUCUUCGUUGUAGUGGCCAUGUUCCUGCUGACCCAGACACCCUUCAACCUUGCCAUGUUAAUCCAGAGCACAAGCUGGGAGCACUAUAUCAUCACCAGCUUUCAGUAUGCUAUCCUAGUGACAGAGGCUAUAGCAUACUUUCGGGCUUGCCUCAAUCCUGUACUCUAUGCCUUUGUUGGCUUAAAGUUCCGAAAGAACCUCUGGAAAUUUGCGAAGGACAUUGGCUGCCUCCCUUACUUGGGAGUCUCAAGUCAGUGGAAAUCUUCUGAGGACAGUUCCAAGACUUGUUCUGCCUCCCACAAUGUAGAGACCACCAGCAUGUUCCAAUUGCAGUAG